GAGAGUUUAGCAGACAUGCAACUCCUCCCUUUUGCCUUUGGGUAGCACGUGCUGUGUCCAAAGCGCGAGAGCGCAGAGAACACAGUGGGUGCUGGUGGGCGGGGCUUUGCGGCGAGGCGGACCCCAAAAACGGGCGUGGCUUCAGUACCAGCUCUUGUAGUGGGAGAGGCGUGGCUUCAGUACAAGGCUCCGUACUAGAGGCGGGGCGUAAGUGCGGUACGACGUACAUGCAAGGGCGGAGUUUGAGCUCAACACUGGAAACAUCACUGAUCCUGAAUUUCAGGUGGCUGCAGAGAGUCGACUUUUGCUCACUACCGCCGCACACAAACAUUCACUGUAGAGGGAGCUGCAAUCCUACCGGGGACGCUGUGAUUCCGAGUGUUUUCAUUGAGAUGCGGAUGAAAAAAAAAAUGAAAUGGCUAAGAAAUCACAACUUCAACGCAAAAAAGACUUUCUGUCUCGCCAGUCAUUCGUUUACUUUACUUAAGUGACAACUUCACUGAACCACAAGCGCUUCUUCCGCCUUUGUCACUCCGGCAGCCGACGCUGGAGCAUAAAACACUGACACUUGGGAAUAAUCGCUGAGCAAAAGUCGAUCGGAUAAAGAGACAAAAUCAUCCUGAAAAGUCAUCCAGAUGGUUGGAUUUUUUGAGUACUUAUUAUUAAAGUACUCAUGGAGCAACACCUAGGAUAUGGGUGAUUUCCCAAAUGAGCUGCUAAACAAUGAAAGUUCAGCUGUGGUCAAGGAAUUAUAAGGAUCUGGAUCCACUUGGGGGAAUAAACAAAUCUCAUUAAUGGAAUAAUCAAAACAUUAAAAGACACAGGUGGACAAAAUAUCCACCAUUUCUUGUAAAACCAGUGGGUCAUUUGUUUUGGUUUGUGUAACCUUGGAGACCAAACUUUUAUAGACUUCUCUGGACAUCGGCCUCAUGUGUGAAGCAGUCGCAAAAUUCUACUCUGAUGUUCAACAACGCUUUAGCUUCUGCUUGUGGAAUUACCUAGCCUCCUAUUGAAGAGGCUUAUCCAGUUCAAGGAAAUAACUCCUAACCUGUGUCAAUAAAAGUGCCUUGCUUAACUAGAAGGCAGAUUACCCUCAAACAGUCAAAUGGCAUGGGCAAAGUUCUUCAAAAAACCAGGGGGCAAUCUUGGCAGGGGUUACCAGCCAGGAUCUAUGCUGUCCCUGGCUCCUACCAAAGGUCUUCUCAACGAACCAGGACAAAACAGCUGCUUCCUUAACAGUGCAGUGCAGGUGCUGUGGCAGCUUGACAUCUUUAGACGAAGUCUACGGCAAGUUCCUAACCAUUACUGCUUAGGGGAAGCCUGCAUCUUCUGUGCAUUAAAGGGAAUAUUCUCACAGUUUAAGGACAGCAGAGAGCGAGCGCUUCCUUCAGACAACCUGCGUGUUGCACUAGCAGAGACUUUUAAGGAUGAGCAACGUUUCCAGUUGGGCUUUAUGGACGAUGCCGCAGAAUGUUUUGAAAACAUUCUAGAGAGGAUACACCUCCAUAUUGUUCCUGAUGCCGAUAUAGACGCCUGCACAUCCAAAAUCUGCAUCACGCAUCAGAAGUUUGCUAUGACUCUAUACGAACAGGCUGUAUGUCGAAGCUGUGGAGCCUCCUCUGACCCUCUGCCUUUCACUCAGUUAGUGCAUUAUGUUUCCACCACAGCUCUUCGUCAAAAGUUCUUUGAGAGGAAGGAAGAUAAGCCACGUUCGGACAUGUUUGGUGAACUGCUCCAAGCAGCCAGUACGAUUGGAGACCAGCGCGAAUGUCCAAGUAAGUGUGGUCAGAUGAUCACGAUCCGGCGCGUCUUGAUGAACUCGCCAGAAAUAGUCACCAUUGGUUUUGUGUGGGACUCGGAGCAGUCUGACCUGAUGGAUGACGUCUUCAGGACUCUUAGACCAAGCCUUAGCCUCUCAGGGCUUUUUUACCAUGUCACAGAUGAACAAGCCAAAAAGAGCGACCUGCAGCUAGUCGGGAUGAUCUGCUACACGAGCAAACACUACUGCACCUUUGCUUUUCACAGCAAGUCUUCCAAAUGGUUCUUCUUUGAUGAUGCCAUGGUGAAAGAGGUGGGCUCUAAAUGGAAGGAUGUUGUUACUAAAUGCAUCCGAGGACACUUUCAGCCGCUGCUCUUGUUUUACUCUGAUCCUGAGGGGAGCGCCGUGAGAGGAGCUGAGGUCCCUCGGACUGAAAGCUCAGCAAGCCAUCACAAGCCCUCAGCUAAUGAUGAAAUCCCAGGCACCCCGCAGCCAGGCAUCAAGAAGCUGGAACUGACCCGAGAAAACCUCAGUGCUCUGUUGUCAGGUCAGGGUACUUUAAAGCAUAAGAGCCAGCCACUGUCGGCAUUCAAGCGUGGCACGAACCAGACCAGCGGCGGAAGAGGACCAGUGAAAAUGAGCAGUGACCCAAAAGCCUUCUUGAGAGAGCUCUCCCGAGAAGUAGCCAGAGAAGCCCGCAACAUCAACAUCAUCAAGAAAGACAACGAUAAAUCACGCCAAGGGCCAGAAACAUCAAGACACAGAGACACUGCCUCUGAGAGGUCCUACUCACGGUCGCUCUCUCCUCCUGAGAACAGAUUUAUGACCCCAGAGUCUCGGCUAUAUAGAAGUCAGGGCAGGGGCCCGACACGGACAGAGCGUUCGCCCCGCACAAACAGGCGUGUAGCCCAUGCACCACGUUCCCAAUCUCAGCCUCGUGUCCCGGUUCUCCCUCCGUCCAGCAAUCCGUCCUCAAAAAUAGAUUUCUCCAAUGGUUACGAUACGGACAGUAGCUUUGAUCGAGAGCGUCCUAAUGUAGCAUCACGCACUCGUGGUAACCGAGGAUGGAAGCCCAUGCGUGAGGUCCUCAAUGUAGACAGCAUACUAAGCAGUGACGGUGACCAUCAUCUCCCUAUCCAGGGUCAAAUGGUCUCCGGCCAGAAGAAGAUUCCCUAUGAGCAAAAAACCAGCUGGUCUCCACGUGAAGAUGCUAAGCCUAAAAGCUUGAUGACUAUUUAUGAGGAUGAGCAGCGUCACGAGCUGGGCAACAGGAGCUCACCGGAAUCAGAAAGCCGUGAUAGGGAAAGGACUAAAGGCACUGUCAAUCACUUCACACUGAAAAAGGAAAACUGGAAAAACCAGCGAAUGGAAUCCGGAUAUGAGAGCUGCGACAGAAUCAGCAAUGGUUCAGCUACUUUGGAUUUUCCUGUGGUGGAGAAUAUAGGCACGAAAGAGUUACGACGUGUGCCUGAGGUACGUGUGCUGAGGGACCCAGACUACCAACGGAGGUAUGAGGACACGAAGACAGACGGUUCACAGAGGCUUUCUUACGGUGAAAUGCAUGGAAAAACUCAUGAACUCAUUCCCAGACAAAACAAAAGAGGGCCAUGGGACAGAGUAGAUGAAGUGAAUGGGAGCACUGGGCCUGCAUUUCUAAGCAAAAUGAGUAGCUCGGAGUGGAACAGCUCUGAUGACUUGUCUGGGCCUGUGUCAGAGCAGGAGGAUACUUUAUCUCAAUCUGAUGUUCCUCCACUCAUUCCUCACCACCCAUCCCUGAGACCUUCUCACACCUCAGUUCCACCUUUACCCCCCAAACCCCAUGUCCAGAGAUAUGAAUACAGGAGAGGUCUGACCCAAGACUUUGCUCACUUGAGCCCCAAAGUCCCAGCCUACCAAGAAGUGGCUGUGUCAAAGAUGAGCUCAGAGAUAUGGCUGGAGAACUCUGGUACGCACACAUUCUCCUCGUCAGGCAGCAGCUCUAAAUCCGUCUCGUCCAAUAACGAAAGGAACGACCUGUCUACCAGCGAGAGCGAGGACAAGUGUCCCAGCAUCCCUGAUUGUUCCACUAUAUCCAAUGUCGCCGGAGAGCACACCAUCCCAACCACCUACUUUUCUGUUGAUAGCUGCAUGACAGACACUUACCGGGCUAAGUACCAUAAGAAAAGAUCUGCUCUUCAUUCAGAUUCUAAAACAGGAGAGUACACAUCAUCUAGUGAGAGCGAUCAUGGAGAAAGGUUUUCCCCAGCUCCUGCAGACUUAAAGAUCCCAGUUUCACCCAGAACUAAAAAAGAAACAGCUUAUACCAGCAGUAAACCCAUUGUUAAAUGGAAUCCUGUUUCUGUGAAGGGGCUGGAUGAACAUGGCUUCCUCUGACACCAAACAUCACUCCUGCUAGACAUAAAGAUGUGAAAAGUGAUUCUAAAAUGGACCUUGUGCCAAAAAGAUCAGACACUCAUGCAGACAUGUGGAUGCCAAUCUUUAAAUUAAAUCAGAUCAAUUCUAAGAACAAUUCUGUGGACAUUUUUUGCUAUUGCACAUUUAUGAGCCAUUAUAGAAUAAAAUAAAUCUAUUUUUUCACUGUUUUCUUUUCAGUUUAUGUAUUUUAAUGUUAGCUUUUGCGGAAUUUAGUAAACUAUGAAGACCCAAGGCAAGGAAGAUAAUAACUGGAAAAUAACCACAGUGAAUAUUGAUUUCAAUGUGUGGAAAAUGUUGUAUUUCUGGUUUUGGGAGAGAUCUUCUGUGAAAUGGGAAUUGAUUCAUAAUUUUUUUUUUUUUAUAAUUUUUAAUUUUUUUAUGUUUUUGGUUUUCUUUUAUUUGAGAUAAAGCCAAUCCUGCUUAAUGACUUUUCCCCUGUUGAGUUUUCAUAAUUUACUAUUUUCCUGGAUGCAGUUGAAAUGGUUUGCCUCUCAUUUCGAUGUUCAAUUAACUAACUGUAGAUGCACUAAACUGCAUUUUCUUUACUUAUGCGUGAGAGUUAGAGUAUAAAAAUCUGAGUAACGCAGGAGGAAGAAGAAACACUGUAAUAUACUAAAGCACACUGAUUUUUUUUAGUUUUUCCAACAAAUGAAACUGAAUAAACUCUACCCGAUUUGUUUUUUUGUUUUUUUUUGCACUUUGAAACGAUGAUCUCCUCCUGGUGAUCUGUUUUUUGACUGGACCCUUUGGUUUGUCUUCUGUUAGGAAAUUUGAUGAUUGACAAAAAUAUAUAGUAUGCUUGUAUAUGACUUUUCAUUUGUUCCAAAAUAUAUGGGUACACUGUAUAGUUUUAUUUUGAAAGUUGUCUUUUUAAUGUCCUAGAAACAAUGUAAAUUUUUUUUAUAUUCUAUUUUUGUUAAAGAACAAUUACAUUUUGUACAUUUGUUAGACAGAGACUAAUAAAACAGUGCCUUAUUUUGUAUGUGAACAGAACUGAAAAUAGCUGUUCGUAAUAUCUUUUGUAUGUUGUGUUGAAUUUCUACUGGCCAACAAUUGUUUAAUAAAUGAUUUUUAUUUGGUCAUGA